GGUCGACUUCGACUCACUCACUCACUCACGUUUAUUGCUCUCUCUCUCUCUCUCUUCUUCUCUUUCUAAAGUUUGAGCGAAGCCGUGGUACCAAAAAACGAGAUCUGCAGCGACGCGGCUCUCUCGGCUCAGAUCGCUCAAUUUCAUCUCCCUCCAUUUUCCCUCUCAUUCAUCACCAAAACUGCGUUUAAUUUUUACAUGGACUGGGGUGUUAAUAGUAACAACAAUCACUACAGAACUUACAAAGAAGAUCAUAGUAAUAUUAAUAAAUCCAUGAUGGAUUUGGAACUCAUUUCAAACAUGGAUGGCCAUGGCCUUGCUUCUUCAGAAAACCAACCAAUUCCUGUUACUUCACCACUCAAACCAAGAAAGAAAACUAUGACUUCUGUUUAUUUGAAGUUCUUUGAGACUGCUGCUGAUGGAAAGACUAGGAGAUGCAAGUUUUGUGGACAGACCUAUUCUAUUGCAACUGCCACAGGCAAUUUGGGGAGGCAUCUUGCAAAUCGCCAUCCGGGAUACGAUAAGACAGGGGAAGCUGUCAGCAAUUCAGCAGCUCGGCCCAAUGUCGUAAUCAAGAAAUCUCAGACUCAAGGAAAAGUAAACCAGGUGGAUUAUGAUCAUUUAAAUUGGUUACUCAUUAGGUGGCUUGUUUUAGCUUCUCUACCUCCUUCAACUCUAGAAGAGAAGUGGCUCGUAAAUUCCUACAAGUUUCUAAACCCGACUAUACAAAUUUGGCCUAGUGACAAGUACAAAACUAUACUUGAUGAAGUCUUCCGAAGCAUGAGGGAAGAUGUAAGAGCCUUGUUAGAACAGGUUUCUUUUAAGUUCUCCAUCACACUUGAUUUCUGGACUUCCUUUGAACAGAUUUUCUAUAUGAGUGUAUCAUGUCAGUGGAUUGACGAAAACUGGUGCUUCCAGAAGUUGCUUCUUGAUAUCUGCCGCGUACCCUAUCCAUGUGGGGGUGCAGAAAUCUAUCGUUGCCUCGUGAAAGUUCUUAAAUUUUACAAUAUUGAAAGCAGAGUCCUGUCAUGUACCCAUGAUAAUAGUUCAAGUGCCAUGCAUGCCUGCCAUACUCUGAAAGAGGACUUGGAUGGUCAGAAAAUAGGACCGUUCUGUUACAUUCCCUGCGCUGCUCGAACUUUGAACCUGAUAAUAGUUGAUGGAUUGAGAUCUGCAAAACAAGUAAUUUCAAAGAUCCGAGAAUUUGUAAUAGAGUUAAAUGCCUCACCAAUAAUCUCUGAGGAUUUUGUUCAAAUAUCUACAGCUUAUCAAGAAGGUACUUGGAAGUUUCCUCUUGAUGUUUCAACAAGGUGGAGUGGAAACUACCAAAUGCUUGAUCUUGUUCGUAAGGCUGGUAAAUCAGUGGAUUCGGUUAUUCAUAAAUAUGAGGAGACACUAGGCAGUAGGAUACUGCUGAGCCCUUCUGAAAAAAGUGUGGUUAACAUCAUGCAUCAAUAUCUUGAGCCAUUCUACAAGACGACAAACGACCUCUGCACGAGCAAUGUGCCAACAGUGGGGCUUGUCCUUUUCUUCAUGGAUCACAUUUCAGAAACAAUUGCUACCUGCAGAGAGUCAUGUCCCAGCCCAGAAUGGCUAAAAAGUGCUGCAGAAGAAAUGGCUAAAAAGGCUAGAAAUUAUUUCAAUCAGGUUUGCAACAUAUUUACAUAUAUGACCGCUAUUCUAGAUCCUCGAAUAAAGGCAGAGCUGAUCCCUGAUAGUUUAAACUUGCAAAGUUUUCUGGACGAAGCAAGGACACAUUUUAUAAGAAACUAUUCUGUUAACCAUUUCUCCUCCAUGAGUUCUGGUUACAAUGCACAAGAAAUUGAAGAUGGGGGAAGUGUUUCCUUUGCCGAGGAAAUAGCUCGCAAAAAACGUAGGACAAACAUGAGUUCUGCCACUGAUGAGCUUACACAGUACUUAUCAGAGGCUCCAGCUCCUAUAGCAACCGAUGUUCUAGAGUGGUGGAAAGUAAACAGUGCGCGCUACCGUCGACUGUCUGUGAUGGCUAGAGAUUUCUUGGCUGUGCAGGCAACUUCAGUUGUGCCUGAAGAACUUUUCUGUGGCAAGGGGGAUGAAAUUGACAAGCAACGAUUCUGUAUGCAGCAUGAUAGCACACAAGCCAUUCUUUGUAUCAAGUCGUGGAUUCAGGUUGGCAUCAAGUUCAAGUUUAAGUCGACCGAGAUAGACUAUGAGAGGUUGAUGGAACUAGCAGCUGCUUCUGCAACAGAUAAUAGCCCUUCAAGUUCUGAGAAGAAGCAAAAAUAAAUGAUAGAAGAUGUCAGCACUGAAGGGUGGUGACAGUACUACUAACAUGCAACAUUACUUGUCAUUUCUAGUUAUAUCUUGACUUUGGCUCAUUUUCACAACUUAGAUAAGUAAACUGUUUUUUUCUUAACAAAAAAAAAAAACUUAUUGAUGUAUUAUAUUAAUAUAAUGCAUUAUGCUGUACAGUUCUGAAUUCUGCAAAUUACUAACCUAGAGAAAUAUCAAAUAUAUGCUCCUUGAUGAUGGAA